AUGGCCAUUCAUCCGAAUUUCCCAUCUGAAACGAAUCCGAGAGGAUCUCUCUCGCCGCAGCAGGCUCGCGCCAUCUCCGCUUGGACUGAACAGGCAGCUGCAUCCUUGGAGAGUCUGACUCUCUCGGAGUCAGUACCGAUCGCCGAUUCGAAUGUGGUCUUUUCCCAGUCCACUCCUACGCGCGCAGGCGUGCGCGGCACCACAGUCUCGUUAUCAAUCCCCUUAGACGACCCAGUACCGACAGUGGGAAGCCCUUCCGCGCCUAAGGUCAAGGUCCUAGGCCAGUCAACCAAGGAGACCCAGGUGGCGUCGGUGAACUUCCGGCGCCGCGAGCCGCUUCGCCGUGAUAGCCUCAAGAGGCGCGAAGCCUUGUUGAAGGGAAAGGAUGGUAGUCGUCGCAGACAGCGUUGGGAGAAUGAUCGUCUUCUGAACAAUCCGUGGGCUGAGCCACCUUCUUCCAAGGAUUGGGAUAUCCAAGCCACCCACACUCGUCACGACCCUAUGCCUUACUACCUUGCACCUCUCUGGGACAACCACUAUGCGCGUUUGGACCAUAGGUCAUCCCAGCAGAUGGAGGCCCGGACCGAGAAGCAUCGUGUUCCUAAGGAGUUGCGACAGAGACUAAAGCAUGCACGUGCGGCACGUGGUAUACUUCAGGAUAUUGAAGAAGACAUCAGACAAUUCAUCCAACGAUGGAACGAGAAGCAAGGUUUACUGAAGCAGGAGGGUCUGGCAGAUGCCCCACAGUCAUCCGACAGUGAAUCCGAAGACGAGAUCGUGUUUGUGGGUCGAAACGGCCUGAUGCAUGACUCGCCUCAGAGAAGAGCACGACUGCAAAAGAUGCGUGAGGCAAUGAGUGCUCAUCAUGAGCAUGAUGGACAGAAGAUGGUGUUUGAGAGCCUGGUCGACGACCGGGCAGCUGGAUUCGGUCGCUGGCUCGUCCAUUCCAUCGCGUCAUAUUACGGCUUGCACACUUGGUCUGUCACCGUCGGGGAACCUGCCCGCCGCGAGGCUUACGUUGGCUUCUACCCGCCAGCCCCAGGCAGUCGAGCAGGACCCGUAUCCUCACCGGCUGGGUCAAAGGCUUGCCGUCAGGAAGCGAUGAUUCAGCCCGGAGACGAACUGCCUCAACCGCUGUGGUUGCAGGUGUGA